UCAAGAACUUUGACAAAUUUCAGGUCUUCUUGUCGAGCACAGAUGUAUUACCCCAACCAACUGCAGGAGAGGCCUGCCAAAUCCAGCAUGUACCAGUGCCAGAUGAACUGGCAGGCUUGCAGUCACUACUUCAAAGCAAAGCACCAGAAAUACUUGAAGAACACAAGAAAACAGGAACACUUAAAAUGGAGUCAAGAAGGCUCCUUGUCAAAGUAUGCAUCAGUCAUCUGGUAGAGAAGCAUGGCUUUUACCCACCAAGUGCUGAAAAAGUUGUUCUUGCAAAGAAUAUCAUCGCCACUUUCCCAUCCUUGAGGGUUCAGAUCGAAGGAAAAGGAGAUGGUUUUGAGCAUUUUUAUGAUCCAUCAUCACAUUGUGGAUUCUUGGAAAUGAGACUGCGUAACAUCCGCCGGAAGCUAGAGGCAGGUCAGCGCCGUUACACGAAGCGUAAGAUAAGCUGCAAUACUGAAUCAGGGUUAGAACAGGACCAGGGGGACAGCAGUGUGACCAGUGAGUGGAUCACCCUCAUGAAACGGCUCAGGCCCUCUGCAGAGAACACUCCGUCAAUCAAAUCAGCAAUGGAGAAGACGUACGCCAUGCGUAGAUCAUGGAUAUCAAAGGAGUCUCCCACAGUGGCUGAAAUCUUCAACGAAUACCCACGCUUCUUGGAUAUGCCAAGUCUGAUGGAUCUCGAGUUUGGCAAAAUGACAGAUGGAAAGACAGAUCUGUUCAUCAGAAGAUGGGAAGCCAGCAUCAUACCAAAGCUGAAAGCAGUUGCUGCCAUGGAAAAAAGUGAUGUUGCAGCUCUUACAGCGGGAAUGGAAGAUCAGACAGAUGUUUUUGAUAUGAAGGGCCAUUAG